UUCAUUUUCGCUUGCAGUUUGCUUUGAGUUUGGUGAAGAAGCUAAUUGAGUCUCUUUUAGAAAUUAACUAUUCAUUAUAUAUAUUUUAAGUAAAAGGUGUGGCUGUACGAGUACAUUUUGUAACAAUGACGUCGCUGGAAGUGUCUCCUGUCUCCAAAAAGAAGGUUGAUGAUUUCUGCAAACAACUCAACAAAGAGGCAGAAACCCUGGUGAGCAGCUACUUCCCCCAAAAGAUUAGUGAAAUGGAUGCCUUUUUGAAGGAAGAGGUCCUCAAUGUGGGAGAUCUGAGCAGCCUGAAAGCAGAACUGGAUAUUCCAAUACCUGACCCAGCCAAAGAAGAGUUGAAGAAAAAGAAGAAGGAGGAGAAAGAAGGAAAGGAAGACAAGAAAAAAGACAAAGAUGAUGAAGAUAAAGGCCCACCCUGUGGACCUGUUCCAUGCAACAAACAUAUUGAGGCUCUUCUAAAACGCUUAAAGCCAGAAAUUCAGACAGUUAAAGAGAAGCUAAAUGUGGUAUCCAUGUGGGUGCAGUUACAAAUUCCCAAAAUUGAGGAUGGGAACAACUUUGGUGUAGCAGUGCAGGAAAAGGUCUUUGAGCUGAUGACAAACACUCGCACUAAGCUCGAGGGAUUUCAGACACAGAUCUCCAAAUACUUUUCAGACCGUGGCGAUGCUGUGGCAAAAGCUGCUAAACAGCCACAUGUGGGAGAUUAUCGGCAGCUUGUGCAUGAACUGGAUCAAAUUCAGUACACUGAGGUGCGAUUAAUGGUUCUGGAGAUUCGCAAUAUUUAUGCAAUCCUGCACGAUAUUGUCUAUAAGAAUUUUGACAAGAUUAAGAAACCACGUGGCGACUCCAAAGCCCUCAUCUACUGAGUUAGUAACCAAACUAUUACACAGACCACUGGAUCAAUGCAAGACAAAUUACUAAAACCACAGUUUUAUGCUUCUUAAGUUACAUUUCAAUAAAACAAAAUUUAUUUACUAUCAUGA